AUGCACCUUCGGAAGCGCGUCGACACGAUUGCUUUACCUCCUCCGCCAAUCUCUGUAGCCCCUAGCGGAGAUUUCGAUGGCAAUGAUGGGCGAUGGUCGAGUUUCUUCAUCAAUGUCGCUUCCGAUACCCAAGGGUUAAAUGGCCAGAAUUUCAAGGUCCUCAUCUCUACUUCCUCUUCGCUGACUUUACUACCUGCACGGACGGAGUGGUGCAACUCAAAGUGCGCAGCGGAACGAGGCGUGGCUUUGUACAAUAAUGAGCAGGUUCUGGGAGUGCAACUGUCGGGGCAGUGGGCAGACGCAGGCAUCUAUGAGGUGCCUUUACCUUACUGGUACCCUAAAGAGGCCAUCUCGACGGGCAAUGGUACACUGGGAGGCAGUUGGGGCAAGACAAACAUCGGACUCGAAAGGAGCUCACCGUCAAGUCUUGUCAUAGCGGAACGUUACGCCGUAAAGUACAUCUUCGAAGACUUCUUCAUGGGCUCGUUUGGACUAGCGGUAGGCGCAGUUGGCCCUAGCCAAGGUUCUAUCCCUACGUUCUUGACGCAGAUGGAGGACGACGGCCAGAUAGCAAGCUCUUCGUUUGGCUACACUGCCGGCGCUUGGUACCGAAACAACGGUCUUGGAGAACCCGGGAGUCUUGUUCUCGGCGGCUACGAUCAGUCCCGCAUGAGUGAUCACGCAAGUCUUUCCGUUCGGAUGCCAGAUGAAAUGAACAACACCCUCGUUGUUGGAGUGUCUUCUGUUACUUAUACGCCCGACCCACGAGUCGAGGUGAACACCAUUUCCUAUACUUCGCUGUGCAGCACUGGUGUUUUCCGUGCGACUAUCGACUCGAUUCUGCCGUACCUGAUUCUGCCAGACUGUAUAUGCGACAAGUUCCAGGAACAUUUCGGUCUGACAUAUGACGAGGAUCAGAACGUAUACUUUGUGAACAAUACAAUGCACGAAAAAAACUUGCGACAAAAUGCCACGAUUGAUCUCAAAGUCGUAGGAGGAUUGUCGGACUCUGCCGAGUACACGACAAUCAAGCUUGGAUAUCCAGCUUUCGACCACCAGCUGAGUUCUAUCACCGGGGAGAACGCCACGAACUACUUUCCUAUUCAAAGGUCCAGAAAUGGAGUGUUUGUACUGGGACGUACAUUUCUACAAGAGGCAUACAUCAUCGUCGACUACGAGCGUUUCAACUUCACAGUUGCCCCAGCUUAUUAUUCGGACCCGAUGCCGAGUGAAACGCUCAAAGUCAUCUACAAUACGUCUUAUACUCCUUACUUGAGCACACCAGACUCUAGUGGAGGACUCGCACCUGGUGCCAUUGCUGGAACCGUUGUUGGUAUCGUUGUUGCAUUUGCCAUCGCUGGUAUCAUUGCCUUUUGCUGGUGGAAAAAACGGAAGAGCAAGGCGCAAGCUGCCCAGAAGCCUUACGAAACCUCACAGAUUGAUCCUACCCUGGCAGGACAAGAGAUUAAAUACCGACGUGUAUCUGAGUUGACCGGAUCUGAUCUUCCAAGCUCGCCCAAAACCCCAGUCACCGGAUACUACUCGGCGGACCAUAAGUCUAUUCCUCCAAUCAGUGAGAUGUCUCCCGAAAGCCCGCCAGUUGAACUGUAUAGUCCUCCACUAGAGAGUGCGAGCGAUAUUGGUAGCGGCGGCAAUCGCGACUACUUCGCCGCCGGGAAGCCCCAUAGGCGGGACGCACAGAGGGAUCGUACCUCAUCGGGUCCCAACACCCCUGGCACACCCAUUGCAGAGUUACCAGGUGACGAAGGCCAGUUUUAUACCCCCGGAACACAAUUCGAUGCAGUGAGCCCCCUCAACAGCCCACUACAAAGCCGUGGUCCCAGCGACACGUCGUUAUCCACCAACAUCGAUGAACGGCUUGCAGACAACAGGAAGGGUGCAGCGAGACCUGUGCAUCCUACGGAAACAGUCGCUGCUGACGAGGAGUUAGGCCCAAAGAACGAGACACAGGAUACAGUCACUACAGAAGUUGGGGCUCAACGACGACCUUCGCACCAACGGGGGCUCAGUGAUACCACAAUUGCGAGUGAUAGCACAGCUGUUUCUCAACCGACGCCCGAAGAACAAGAGCGCUGGGCCAAGGAGGCUAGACGGCCGCUUUCGGAAUGA